GGAGCCCUUUUUUGACCACCCACGUUACUAUUUCGGACACAUCAAUAACUGACCCACCUUUACCCUCUAUUUUCUCGUCAACCAAAAAUUUCCCCCAAUUCCAAUUUCUCAUCUUCUUCCCCUUCAAUCGACCUCCAUUUUCCUUCUCAACUAUCAAAUCAAACUCAGAUUCUUCUAAUUCGAUUCAUUCUCUAUCCAUUGAUACCUUUUUUGCCCCUAUCUGUUUGGAAAUUGAAUUCUCAGUUAAAUAUGGUGCAAAAAAGACCGUAUGGUGAAGAAAAGUUGUAUGAGGUUUCAUCGAAGCAACCGAGACAUGUAGAACCAAGUAGUCAGCUAGUUUCCUUUUUAGAGUUUCCGUGUGAAUCAGUGGCUCCUAACUCUUACACUUCAGGUGGAGAUGGGGAGAAUUUUUCAAAAUUCGAAGCUUCCACUGACAACAGACCUGAUAGUUGCGAUGUGGCUGAAGUUCCUGUUUCUUCUGAGAAAGCAGUUGAGACGAACAUUCAUGGCUCUGCUUCAAACUCUUCUUGGGCCACUAGCAGCACCAGCGAAGAAGACAUCAGGUCCGAGGCACCCUUUCACGUAUUGACGGCUUCAGAAUUUUACAAUAUUGAUCCUCCAUUCAGUGUUGUUAUUCAUCCAAUGGAGGGCUAUUCCCCUCUUUUGAGCAAUCCUCCUCGAAAGUUGGUCCCCAUUGGAUCAGAUUUCCAAGCUGAAUUGCCAGAAUGGGGUGCAUAUGAUAGUAAAAAUAUAUCCUUGAGGGAGAGCACUCAAGAAAACCUGAAUCUUUCAUCUCAAGAACAAGAAUCUGAUUUUGUGGAUCACCGUGGUGAAGAAAAUAAACUUGCCGGGACAUGUAUCAUUCCAAUGCCUAAAUUGGACUUACCUGCAGACCAUGAUGAGAACGUUGGAGCAGGAAAAAUUGAGUGCUCCUGUGAAGAUGCUGGUUCCUUUGGAUGUGUUCGACUGCACAUCAUGGAAGCAAAGGAGAAACUUAAGGAAGCUUUGGGUCAGGAAACAUUCCUUAGUUUGGGUUUUUAUGAUAUGGGAGAGGUAGUGACAGGGAAAUGGAGUGGAGAGGAAGAGGAAUUAUUUCAUGAGGUUGUAUUUUCCAAUCCUGCAGCAGUAGGCAAGAAUUUUUGGAACCACCUUGCUGUUGAAUUUCCUUCAAGGAGCAGGAGAGAUCUCGUUAGCUAUUAUUUUAAUGUCUUCAUGUUGCGCAAGCGUGCCAAGCAGAACAGGUUUGACCCUUUAAAUAUAGACAGUGAUAAUGAUGAAUGGCAGGAGAUCGAUGACGAUGUUGUUGCUACGGGAGCUAAAAUGACAGAUGAAGAUGAGGAUUCUGUGGUUGAGUCACCAAUAUAUCAAAAUUCUCCUGGUCACAAUGAAAAGCAAACGCAUGAUGAGGAAGCUGGUGUUGCAACCUUGGAAGAUUAUGAGGCUACAAACUUUAGCAGGAGGAAAGACCUGAUUAAUAUGUCAGAACCAUGUCCUGAUAAAUUGAUUGAUAAUAACAACAGUUGUGGGCACAAUAUUCAGCCUAUAUACACACACCAUUCAAAUGAAGUGGGUGGCCAUGAUGUUCACGAUAGCUCAUGUACCACUCAUGCGGCUGGGGCUGCUUCAGAACCACCACAUGUGAAGUCUGACAAUUUUAAGCACUGGGCAAGUCAUUUUUCUGGUGUUGGCAUUGGCAGUGGGCAUGAUUUUGUGAUGGAGCCAUCUAAUGGUAAAGAAUGGGACAUUGGGUACUUAAGCUGCGCUAAAGAUGAAGUUGAUUUGUUACCAACCUGCUCUAUGAUUGAGGAGGUGUUUGGAGAUGGAGCCUGGAGUUCCAAGAACAGAGAUCACAGUUUAAGCAAGCGUUGACAUAUUCAACCACCUGUUGCAUAUGAUACCUGGUUUUUUCUUGCAGUUCGAUCAUCCUGGGAAUGGAGUCCAUGUUACUUGUAUAUUAUUAGUGGUGAAAGGAGAGAGCAUGGCAGAAAUGAAAUUUGAGAUUUUUGACCUUGCUCGGUGGUGGUGUCCGUAGGAAGCUCCGUUUUGAGGUAGGCACUUAGGAUUGAUUUAUGUGUAGAGAUAAAUUUAUGGCCGAGUUGAGCCAUAUUUCGAGAAAUGGAAAAAGAAAUCUUUUAGAUUGUGUUA